AAGCAAAGGGCGUGGGUAAUGGUAAUGCGCGUGCUGGUUGGUGAUACAGGCGCAUACGUACACAAGCUUACAAUCAUCAUGUACGUAUCCCGCUCGUGAUAAAAGCAGUCCUCCCUUUCCCCUCCACAAAAAGGGUUCUCCCCAUCAGCUCCACCUUCCUUCGAUCACCACCUAAAAAAAUACAACGCCAAGAACAGGACCACCAACCACGACUCAUGCAGCGUACUCGCCAGGCAUGCUCGCAGGCCAUGCGUCCUAUCCAACAACAGCCAUCCUGGAUGGAAACCAUCAUCCACCGCCCCAUCCGUGUUGAAUGCUGGACCUGUCUCCGUCCUGCCUGGCUCCAUCGCAACCAACACGACGCUUCGCCCUUGGACUGGACUUGUCCGAACUGCCUGACCCAUCAGAAACGGGACAAGGAUGGGACCAUUGUGCCGGUGCCAGAGAUGUUCGACAGCACUUUGAACGAGGAUGUGUCGGCCCGUAUUUCUCGUAGCCUGAAAAGUCGGAGACGUCCGAGCGCUGGUAACCCACACAGCUCGUCCCAGGGAAACUUUUUCUGUGAAAUGUGCAACGGUCAUCAGCGCAUCGUCUAUCAACUGCUUAGCAACUACAUUCCAGACGAGGAGGACGAAAACUAUGAGACGUACUACGGAAACGCAGACACAUACAGGCGACAACUGGAGGAACGAUACCCAUUAGCCUGCGCAAACUGCUUGGAUAAAGUUCAUAAAGAACUGGCGCAGCAAAACUACCGGAUUAAAUCAAGCUUACUGAAUUCAACACUGAGUAAAAGUCGAGGAGAUCACAUCAGACCCACUCGAAAAUACCCGAGUCUACCAUGGCUCUUGACAGGAUUCAGUUGGACAUUUGCACAUGCAGAGUUGAUGGCCGUCGAGGCAGUUGGUGCAUUAGGCUCAGAUAUACUUCCAAGUCUAUGGGUUUUCGACCUUUCAAGGCGCCUGGUACGCGCGGCAGGAACAUUCACUAUUCAUAAUACAGCAAGAGGAAUAUCAGGAUUCAAUCUGUCGGCCAUGUUGCCUUGGUCAUCAUCCUUUGGACAACUGUUUCUAAGGCUGUCUAAAGACGAGCAAUCCGCGAUCAUUGUGGCGACCCUGGCGAUCUUCUCGAUCGUAGGAUUCUUUUGGGAUCCCCUGGCAUUCACAGUUCAAAAAUCGCCAUGGAUACGAAUCCGGACUCGCUGGUACUACCACUGGAUGCGGAUGUGUGCUCUCCUCCUCUCGGCGCUACAGUACUACUGCCUCUUCUCAUGGAAACCGCAACAGGAUCCGUUUUGGGCGUACGGCAUUCUCCUAGUUACGCAUCUCCUGUAUGUUGUAGCAUUCAUUAAUAGUCGGUACUUGCAGGAACCCUUGACGUUCAAACAGGGCAAUUCGGUCACACACACACUCGCCGCAAAAGCUUUGGACAGUGACAGUCCCAAGAUAUCAGCAAGGACGACAAAUGCCUUGCCUACAUCAUCCCGCGCUAGGACAUAUCAAUCUACAAAUACCGCCAUAUCGAGUAGUAUGUCGCUUCACGGCGUCGCAGGAUCUCGCUCGGUCUCGCCGGACGUUAACGACAUCAAUUGGUCACCCAAGAAGCCGUCUUCCACAGCGACUGCACGUCUGCCAGCUCAGUUCGGUAUGUAUCGGGACCCGAGUCUUACGGCAAGGCAGGACGAAACUUCUAUGCUCUCAGGUACGACUUGGGCAGGACACGCUGGAUCACUUCAAGCACAGCAGUCCAUCGUACUCGGUGGCGCCUCUAUGGCCAUGGACAACAAGUUUCGCUCGCGUGCGUAUGAGCCUUCUCCCCUAGCCGACCCGUCUCUCAUCACCAACAUGAGUCUGAACAACAUCUCAUUGGGGAAGAUGUUUGGUUUCCCAUCUGCAACGUUCCAACCACCAGAAAAUCAUUUUGCCCAUCGCUCUGGAGGUCAACAUCGAGUGAAGGAAUCGGAUACUUGGUCCUAUCGCAGGUCGACAAAGCCAGGGUCGUCCGGACUAGACCGUUCUUCUCCUCUGCGCUCACGCCCAUCGCUUCAUUCAGGAUUUUCUGACAACGCCGAAGUUGAUAUGGACGACGACGAGGGCGAAGUGCGGAACUCGAGGAUACCCUCUGGCCUGUCAGGCACGAACUUUGGCUUUGAGACCGAUAAUGACCAUCUUUCGUCAUUUGGCAGCAGCUCUAUGAAUGACUCAUCAAAGAAUGGCUGGGCUGUCGAUGGUCGAGAGGCAUUUGCAGCACAACGGUACUUCCCACCCGAGCCGGAGACAGGACUAGAGGACAACUUUUUUGGUGUUGUCAAAAUUGUAGACGACUACUUGCCGCCAUCACCAGAGCCUCGAAGUAUUGUGGGCAGGAAUCUCAUGCUCAAAAAACGGAUGGCUCGGCUAUGGCUCGCACUUAUGUUGCUUUGUCGAAGCGAAGUGCUCUGGAAGGCUAUGGGGAUAUGGUCAUGGCAGCAGGAUUGGGCACGUCAAGCCCUCUUUAUUGCAGUGAUGCUGCACGCGACAGCGUUCUGGAUACUAGAUGAAUAUCGCACCGUGGGUCGCUAUUUAGACAAGAAGCCUGCAUCUGCAGGCAAAAACAACGCGCCAGGGAGUGCCGACCCCUUUGAGCCAAGGAUCAUUGACAAAGUGUGCUCAAACACCCUGUUGUUGCUGCUGUUGAUACGGAUAGUGAACGUCUUCUGGAUGCUAGGCGAUACUUUCUGGUCGCAUAAUACUUCCUCUGGAGAUCCUUGGUCCCAACUGGAUAAUCAUGUUGAUACGACACGAGAUGCUGCAGCAAAACUGGACGUGAUGGACUGGUCACCAAGGAUUGUGCAUUGGAUAGCCCCAUGGAUCAGGAGUCAGGACGCAGUUCGAAUGCUCGCAUUGCAAGCAGGAUGGGUGCAGGAUGGUCUGACAAUAGUAUUACUGGUCGUCUUAAUGGCCUUUGGGGCCGGCCUGCACACAGCAAAGUCCCACGCUCGUUAAAGAUAAUAAAGCUCUAUAUAAUAUUUCAAUUGAUAUACGUGGC